CGCUGCUGCUGGGGCUGCCGGCGGCGGGGCGCGCCGCCUCCAAGGCGCUGGUGUGCCAGGAGAUCACGGUGCCGAUGUGCAAGGGCAUCGGCUACAACCUCACCUACAUGCCCAACCAGUUCAACCACGACACGCAGGACGAGGCCGGGCUGGAGGUGCACCAGUUCUGGCCGCUGGUGGAGAUCCAGUGCUCCCCGGACCUGCGCUUCUUCCUCUGCAGCAUGUACACCCCCAUCUGCCUGCCCGACUACACCAAGCCGCUGCCCCCCUGCCGCUCCGUCUGCGAGCGGGCCAAGGCCGGCUGCUCGCCCAUCAUGCAGCAGUACGGCUUUGCCUGGCCCGAGAGGAUGAGCUGCGACAGCCUGCCGGUGCUGGGGGACACGGAGGUGCUCUGCAUGGGCUACAACCGCACGGAAGCCACCACCCUGCCGCCGUUCUUCGGGAAGCCCACGCGCCCGGCCAAGGACGGGGCCAAAAACCUGACGCCCCACGACGGGCAGCGCCCCUCGGGGCUGGACUGUGGCCGGACGUGCAAGUGCAAAGCGCCCCUGAUCCCCAUCUCCAAGGAGUCCCAUCCGCUGUACAACCGCAUCAGGACUGGGCAGGUACCCAACUGUGCCAUCCCCUGCUACCAGCCCUACUUUACGCAGGAUGAGAAGACCUUCGCCACCUUCUGGAUCGGCCUCUGGUCCAUCCUCUGCUUCCUCUCCACCUCCACCACCGUGGCCACCUUCCUCAUCGACAUGGAGCGCUUCAAGUACCCCGAGCGUCCCAUCAUCUUCCUCUCCGCUUGCUACCUCUUCGUCUCUGUGGGCUACAUCGUGCGGCUGGUGGCGGGGCAUGCCAGCGUGGCUUGCAACCCGGAGCACCACCACAUCCACUAUGAGACCACGGGCCCUGCCCUCUGCACCGUCGUUUUCCUUCUCCUCUACUUCUUCGGCAUGGCCAGCUCCAUCUGGUGGGUCAUCCUGUCCCUCACCUGGUUCCUGGCUGCCGGCAUGAAGUGGGGCAACGAGGCCAUCGCCAGCUACGCGCAGUACUUCCACCUGGCUGCCUGGCUCAUUCCCAGUGCCAAAUCCAUCGCUGUACUGGCACUCAGCUCCGUGGAUGGUGACCCUGUGGCUGGGGUUUGCUACGUGGGCAACCAGAGCCUGGAGAACCUACGGGGCUUCGUGCUGGCACCGCUGGUUGUUUAUCUCUUCACCGGCAGCCUCUUCCUGCUGGCCGGCUUUGUGUCGCUCUUUCGCAUCCGCAGCGUGAUCAAGCAGGGCGGCACCAAGACUGACAAGCUGGAGAAGCUGAUGAUCCGCAUCGGCAUCUUCACCGUGCUCUACACUGUGCCCGCCACCAUCGUCAUCGCCUGCUACAUCUACGAGCAGCACAACCGGGAGGCGUGGGAGCAGGCGCAGAACUGCUCCUGUCCUGGGGACACCCACCGCCCCAAGCCCGACUACGCCGUCUUCAUGCUCAAGUACUUCAUGUGCCUUGUGGUGGGCAUCACCUCCGGCGUCUGGAUCUGGUCUGGCAAGACGCUCGAGUCCUGGAGGCGCUUCACAGCCCGCUGCUGCCGGGCCAGGAAGCCCGCAGGCGCCUCCGUGUACAGCGAGGCCAGCCCGGCGCUGGCGGGCAGGACAGUGCUGCCCAGCAUGGCCUCCUACCACAAGCAGGUUCCGCUGUCUCACGUGUGACCUGAGGGAGCCUCGGUGACCCCAGCCACAGGGAGGAGAGGGUUGCAAGGACCCUGGGCCACAGAAGAGGCGGUGGCAGCUGGGCCACCCCCAGCAUCCUCAGCCCCACCGUGGCGGUGCUGCCCGGGACCGAGCAUGUGUGCCCAUGGGGCAUGGAGCAGCUGUGGCCCCAGGUGGGGCAGGGAGAUGUGCUGUCAGUGAUGUGGGGGCAGAGGGACAGGGAGGCCUGGAGCCUGGCACCCUUGUGUAUGCCCCAUUUGGGGUCCCAUGCCCUGUUUGGGGUCCUGGGGUUGCUGCUGUCUACGGGCCAGUCAGGUGGUAGGUAGCCCUUAAGCACUGAUUCGUGUCUCACGGCUCGGCGCAGGUCUCGCUGGUGCGAGGGUGAAGGGGGGAGCUGCAGCAGGCAGUGCGGGUGAUGGCCCCCGACCCCGGUUGAUGUGCUGGCUCUGGCACCGAGCUGCUCACUGGAGCCCCCCGGGGCAGGUGAAGGGGCUGGGCAGAGCUGGCAGUGGCGGCUGCCUCUCUGCCGUGCUGCACCAGCUCUCCCCGGGCAGAGCAGGACGGUGCCCCCAGGGCCCCCGGACACAGCUCCGUCUUGCGGAGGAGAGGGCCGGGGGUCCCUGGCACGAUGCUGCCACAGGCCCCGCUCGGGCGGCAGCACGCUGAGCGGAGGGAGGGGGCUGUGGGCUUUGCGGGAGGUGGCGGUGCAGGAGGAAGGGGCUGCGGAGAGGAACCACCACCUGGCCCUCGAGCUAGGCAGGGACAGGGUCCCAACUCUCUGCGGUGCAGGUGGGGACCAGGCGGCCCCAGAGGUCCCUUCUCCCCCUGGCAAGCGUGUGCCGGCUCUCCGCGGGCGGGGAGCGGGGCCGGUGGGGCUCAGCUCUGCUGCACGGGCUCCCAGGUACGACCCGUCGCUCUGCAGCGGGCAGCCAGUUCCCCCGCGG